GUGGUUUGUUUUGAGUCGGCUUUCCUCCCAGAAGUGAGUAAUCCCCGGGGGCUCGUCGCGCGAGCGCGAGGCCGCCGCUGUUGCAGAGCAGAUGGAAAAGCCGGAGCGUCGCGGGGAGCGGCGCUCGUGGCCGACUCCUCCUGGGCUGGCUGGUCGGCAAGGACAGGAGCACAUUUGGGAGGAGGCUGCUCUCGGCGCCGAUGCUGACGUCGCUCUCGUGCUGGUGUUGAAGCGCUCUAACAACUCUGCUAUUUAAAGCGUGGCAUCUCCUCCAGAGGAGCCUGGGCCUGAGGCGGCGUUUCCCCGUCCCCGCAGGGACUCCCUUGCACGAUGCCGUCCUGGAGAGCCUGACCCCUCGGCGGCCGGGGUAUGGAGCUGAAGGUCUGGGUGGACGGCAUCCAGCGGGUCGUCUGCGGCGUCUCCCAGCAAACCACCUGCCAAGAAGUGGUCAUCGCCUUGGCGCGGGCCAUAGGUCAGACAGGACGCUAUGUCCUGGUACAGAAGCUGCGGGAAAAGGAGAGGCAGCUUCUCCCACUCGAGUGUCCCCUGGAGUCGCUGGCCAAGUGCGGGCAAUAUGCCAACGAUGUGCAGUUUGUCCUGCGGCGGACAGGACCCAGUGUGGCCGAGCGGCCCUCCUCGGAUGGUGCUCCCCAGGCUCCUGAGAGGACGUUCAUCCGGGCCAGCCUGCCCAUCAAACCCAGGCCCAUGAGCACCGAAGUGCCCCGCUCCCGGGAGCCGAAAAAGGCCAUGACCUUCAACUUGGGCCCUAUGGGCUCUGGCGAGCUGUUCGCCAAGAACCGAUGGAGGCAACACGUGUGGGAGGGGAUGGACUUGAAGGAGAGUGCUGGGGCUGGCCAGCCCUCCAAAGAGGACCUGUUUAAGACUGUGCUGCGCCAACAGGAGCAGCUGCACUCCUUGGAGGUCCAUGAGGACUCCUUGGAGAUGGACCUGCGUCACUGGGAGCACAGCAGGGUCCCUAGCCAGGAGGACGAGAUCUUCUUCUUGGAGCAGCUGGUGCGGCGCAAUGAGAUGGAGCUUGGCGAGGAGGAGUUUUGGCAGAGUGAGCUCCAGCUGGAGAAGGAGUGUGAGCGUGAGAGGCAGGAACGGGUGAGGAGCCUGCGGGCCAGCCUGGAGGACUACACACAGAGGAUCUACGAGCUGACCGCCCGCAUGGAGGCUCUGCAGAAGGAGAUCCAGUGGGAGAUGGCCGAGAGGGCCAAGAGGGGCAAGGAGACCCCUGGGCCCAGCCCCGCAGAUCUGGAGGACAUGGCUGCCAAGAUGAAGAGGGAUCUGGAAGCCAAGGUCAAGCAGGGCACUCAGCUGGAGAGCAACCUGGCCAGCGUGGAGAAGGCGUUGGAGGAAGCAGAGAGGAACCUGCAGGCCCAGAACCAGGAGCUGGAGGAGCUGAACAAGGAGCUGCGGCAGUGUAACCUGCAGCAGUUCAUUCAGCAGACGGGAGCCACAGUGAUGGUGCCGCCGGCCCGGCCGGAGGAGGACGCCCCGCUGGAGCGCAGCGACCGCGAGCUGCCGGCCCACCAGCGACACGGAGGCUUCCCACCCGCCGGCGCCGACUCUCCUCCCCGAGCUGGCACCCAGCAGCUCCUCAGCAAUGCCAGGCACCUGCAGGAGCCCCUGGUGCCCAGCCCGAGCCCCGAGGUCGUGUCAUCCCGGCAGAGCAUCUGGAGGUAGAAGGGCCCGGCCAGCGGAGGAUGAACUGCCCUGCAAGUGUAACUGUAUAAAUAAAACCAUAUUCCACAUAUAGAUAUAUAUAUUUUUUACUGCUUUGUAUCGUGAAUGGAUGCGGAUGGCUGGACAAAGUAUUUUUACCGACUGCAAAAGAGAACAAAACCUGACCAACCAGAGCAACCUUCUUGCCCCGUGGACAAAAACGGACCUGUUCUAUAUAUGUAUUUUUUUUAAGCGCUCUCUACCUGUAACAGAAAACGGCAGUGCUCGCGUUCCUCCUCGCCUUCGCCGAGGGCUCGCCGCGGGUUCCGAGAGGCGCCGGGACGGGAGAGCCGGAGCGACGGCUCCGCUGCCCGCGCGGGGCCGCGGGAAGGGCCCGCCGCUGCCCCCGGCGAGCACAGGGGCUGCUCUGGGUGCCCCCAGGUCCUGCCCCGGCGCCCGCUGCACUGCCCUCGCCUGAGGGGUGCUGUGCAGGUGGUGCACUGGUUUGCUUUAAAAACAGCCUCCUUACUGGCCACGGAGGGCCCAAGAGCAGCUCUUCAGAGAGCUUUGGGGCCUUUUUUAAAUUUAUUUUUUUUCCCUGAGACCUGUGGCAGAAGACCCCAGGCAGGGUGCUGAGAGGGAGGGCACAGAGGGGCCGGGGGCCGGACUCGCCGCCGCGCAGCUGGGAGCGUUUUCUGCAGCCUCACCAGCCCGAGGAAGGGCCAGCACCUUUGGAAAGAUGUUUUUCUCGAGUCUAUUUUUAAAGGAUUUUUUUGUUGUUGUUCUAAAUCAAGGCUGCAGCACGAGCUCCUUUCCCGGCUGCCCGUUGCUGGCAGGGGAGCAGGGCCAGAAACGCUUUGGAGAACCUCCCGCUCCGGACUUCUUUCCUUCCCGGCCAGUACGGUCACGCUCGUUUUGGUUCCUCUGUCCCAGCAGGUCAUACCGCAUUUUAACAGCAAGGCCAAAGGGGCUGGGAGGGGGCCGGGGAAGGGGCUGGGCUUGUCCAGGCUCCCCCAGCGUCCCCAGUGUCUUCGUUUCCCGAGUGUCCUGUACAUCAUAUGCAAAAAAAAAAACCCCAAGGCGGGGGAGGCUGGGGUGCUAGGCUGGCUGUAAGAUGCACCUUCCGUGUACGAAUGUACCCCGCGGGCCGCCGCGUGGUUUUGAUUUUGAAUAAAUCCCUUGAAAGGC